AUGGCGCCCCUGACGGUGGCCAUCCCGGGUGGGGACAGCAAUGCCGCUGGCGAAACUGCAGCAUACAACGUCAGGAUCUCGCGCAAUGGGAAGCCCUACGUGGUUUGGUCCAAAAGUGCGUCAGCAACACCGGCUUCCAGCACACAAAGCAGCAGGGCGGAAACACCUGCUGGCAGCACACGGGCCUUUCCUUUGACCACCAAUGCCAGCAUUGGUUAUGUGCCCCCUAGUUGGGUGCAAAGGGGGCAAUCGGUAAAUAGUGCUAGGAGUACGGGCACGUUUGACCUGCCAGGGAACGUGCUGUCUGCAACGGCGAAAAGUGUGUCUCGGCAAAGCCAAGAGGAUGCUCUGAGGCUCAUCGGACUGUCCUCGGGCAAUGCUGAGGUGUCCGCGCAGAAGACUUUGAGUUCUACCAUAGAGAGGGAGCAGAAUCUGCAACAAAGGGAGGAGUAUGGCACUAGAACGGCAGCAGCACUCAGCCAAGACGUGGACAAGCCUUUUGUUCUUGGAAAACUACCAGUUUUUGCCAAGAUGAAUCGACACGAGACUGGCACGAGGCUGUCGGACUCUGCCCCUGCUUCUCAGAUAGCGAUGGAUAGGCAGGCUUACCGCUCAGAGGCUUUGUCAGUGGGACAGGAGAAGGCGGUAAGAGGUGCAGAUGCUUUCUUCCAGUCUGGGGCCAUUGAAGCUGCUUCGGAAAGGAAUGAGAGGAGUUCAGAGGGGCAAAAUGGGGCGACGGACCUCGUCUGUGACGUCUGCAUCAACAAACAUAUGGUUGAGUCCAAGCAGGAGCAGCAAAGGCGUGAGAGGGAAGAGCAGCACAGACAGGCGGCUGAAGCGAGCUUCAGAGCGCAAAGGGCUACGGUUGAGUGGGAGGCGAGGAUGGUGGAGGAAAGAGUGAAAGCCGUUGAGCAGGCAAAGGCGGAACGUGAUCAGUACAUGGUGCAGAAAGAGCAGGCACGCCAAGAGUACGUGGCCAGUCCACGUUAUGAGCCAGAAGGGCCAGCAGGCAUGGUGUUCAAGGGUAGCACUCCCAGAACAGCAGCUGAAGAGCAACACGCUCGAUACAAAGAAGAGCUUGACCGGCAGGUGGCGUUCAAAAGUAGAUUAGCGGCUGAAGAGGCUGCAAAAGAGCACCCACUAGGGAACAUCCCCGUACCUCUGCAGACCAGUCGGCUGGAACUGGAUGCUUAUGUCGAAGCUCAACACGAGAGCUACUCCGACGCUCUGGCGAAGCAGGUGCUUGAAAAGCAGGCCAUGCGGGCUGCAGAGAAAAGUGCUCCUCAUCCUUUGGGCCGAUCUAACAUGGUAGUCGUGACAAACACCCCGACUCGUCAAGCUGAGCUGAGCAAUCAGGCGGCUUUUCGAGGUGCACUUGCGCAGCAGGUAUCAGAGAAAAAGAUGCGCAAGGAGAUGGAGAAGACUGCCGCUCAUCCACUCGGUCAGACGCUGCUGAGGAGUGAAGGGGAGCCUUUCGGAUCAGAGAAUCUGCUUUUGCAACGGAAGGCAGAGUACAGAAUGCUUCUUGAUGAGCAGGUAGCGCAGAGAGAGGCCUGGAAGCGCUUGACAGAGAGUGGGGCCCAUCCAUUGGGGGACGAGCCCGUCUGGGGCCGUGUCGACAGGGAUCAGACUGCCAGAGAGCACGAUAAAUUUGUGCAUGAGAAGACCAAGAGCUACCAGGAGGUCUUGGCAGCUCAGAUCGCGGAGAGAGAGAGGGAGAAACAGGCGCGAUUCAUGCAGGAGCAGGCGGCAAGAGAGGAGCAGAUUGCCAAGGACCGGCGAGAGGCGCAGAUAGCCAAGCAGGAGGAGAUGACAAAGACGUAUGCUCAGAAGAUGGCGUUGCGUGAGGCCUGGCUCAAGGAGGUUCAGGCAAAAGACGAAAAGAAGAAGCAGGAGCGCCUUGCCAAACCAGAGCUUGCGACUCAAACUCGUGAAAUGGCAGCGGCAAGGAUAAAUUUCAGCGGACCUCCUUACGACAGCGUCAAAAAGGAGGCCCUGAAACAUGCUCUGGAGAGCCAGAUCGCCGAGAAGAAGAACCAGAAGCGGCUCGAGAGGCAGGAGAGCCGGUCUCACUAUCAGGAGUGGUGCGGCGACGUUUGUGAUCAGAGCGUUGCAGGGACAAUUCGGGCCAUUGCCAAGGGAGCGUCCUCUGGAUUGACGGGCGGAAAGAGCGGGUACCUCGACAACUACCUCAAGUGUGUGGAGUGCAAGAGGACUGUCCCAGCUAAAAGUCUGGCUCCCUGGAAAGGUUCGAGAACCUCUAUAGUUGCCAACUGA